GGAAAGCUUUGGCUGGCACAUGUCUACAAGGAAGCUAAGAAAGAAGAUCUAUAUGGAAGAGGAAGAUUACCACCAAUUUCGCAAUGCUAGCAAGACAGUGUGGGUUAACAGAAUACACAUGUCCAUAAUGCUGGGGGUGAGAAGAUGACCAGGAGAGAUCCAGUGUCUAACGCCCGCUCACAUGCUCAAGGGACACAACAUCCUCUGCCUGGCGAGCUGGAAGUUCAGAAUAGAAGAGAGACGCAGUCUAGGCUGCACGACCUUAACAACAAACCAACUAGGAGUCGUGCUAGCCCUAAGAGGUUUGUCUUCAAGACGUCGCCUCGGGUGAAGAUUAGUGGGGGUGUUCGACAGCAACAGAAGAAGGGGUCACCUAGAAAGGCUGCCCCUCUUCCUCGGCAGGCCACCAAGGGGAGACAACAGCCUGGUCGGCGAGCUAGGAAGGCUCCACAACACCAGCAGGUGGUGGUUCAUAUGGCGAAGGCUUUCGAGCAAUCACGGAGGCGUAGGCUGAUCUUACAGGAGGAAUCUGAGGAUGAUGAGACCGCGGGUGAGCAACCUAUGCACCCUACGAAACCAGGUGCUUUGACUGGUCCUACAGAUGACCUCAGGCCGAAGCCACAGAUGGAUCCUCUAAUGCCCGCAAAGAUUGCAACCCAGCUAGGGAGCUCACCACCACGGGUAUGCCCGCAUCUGAGAAAAAAAGGAGGAACAGAUUUCUCUCUCCCUAUAUCCCAGCAGGAUGGGGGCUCUGCUCUUUUUGGUGAUCUGCUAGAUUUGGAGGAUAAGGAGAUUGCUACUCUCGGUGGUCCUAUUCCUGAGGAUCAUCACCAUGCCACUGAAUCGGAUGACGAUCAGUCGACCGAGGACCUCCACUCUUUUGAAAUCAAGAGACAAUCCCCAGUUGCUAUCGCCAUAAAAACUCUCCAAGUCAUGAAAGGGCGAGUACAUCAGGUGGUGGACGUGUUUGAAGCGGGGCUAGUCAUUGCUCAGGAGGAGGUCGUUUCUUGUAAGGGGUCGGGUUCGAGGCUGAAUGAGUAUGGGUCUAAUCUAAUGGACCCUAUCAUGGAUAAUCAAAAACAAGUGCUGGAGGAGCUGGAUGGGGAUGUGGGUAACCCUCCUAUCCCAAAGAAGCACUUUGUGGAAGCAUCUGAUAGUUUAGACAAGGUGGAGGAAGCCAGCCUUGAGUGGCCCCCAGCCGAUAAAUGAGGCUUCUUGUCUGGAAUGUGAGAGGAAUUGGGCCAUCCCUCAUGUUCCAAACUGUUGUAGGGCUUGUUCAAUAUAAUAAACUAGAUCUCGUGUUUUUUUUCCCCUGAAACGCGAGCGAGCCGGCGUGUCGUGUCCCGUCGUAUGCGGGGUUUAGGUUUUGUUCUUUCGCAUUGUUUCUUUGUUGAUGCAUUCGAUGCAUCUGGUGGUUUAGUAGUAGCUUGGUCUCCUGGGGUUGACACUUCAGUGACGUUUCAUUCUAAUUUCUAUAUUUGUUUGCAAAUUAACGAAGGAGAUUUUCUUAUAUUGUGAUAUUUGUUUACAUUAGCUGUAAUGUUGCAAUAAGAGUUAUUCAAUUAG